AUGAUCAACAUUAGUCAAUUCACCCCAAAAUAUUUUCUACUCACUGGUCUCCCUGGUCUGGAAGCUCUGUAUUCCUGGUUCAUUUUCCCGUUCUGUUCCACAUAUCUUGUAGCCCUUUUUGGAAACAGCCUGAUCUUAACAGUGAUUAAGAAAAACAACUCUCUCCACCAGCCAAUGUACCUCUUCCUCGCCAUGCUAGCCUUUGCUGAACUUGGUGUCUCUGCCUCAACACUUCCCACCGUGCUAGGCAUCUUCCUUUUUGGUGCCAAUGAGAUAUACUUUGAAGCCUGUCUUCUGCAGAUGUUCUUCAUACAUUCCUUUUCUAUCAUGGAGUCAGGAGUUCUUCUGGCUAUGUCCGUAGACCGCUUUGUGGCUAUCUAUAAUCCAUUGCGGUAUACAUCCAUCUUGACCAUGCCCCGUAUUGCCGGUACCUGUGCUGCUCUUAUGUUGAAGAGUGUGAUGCUCAUGUUCCCAUUGCCCUUUCUCUUAAAGCGCUUGCCUUUCUGUGGCCACAACACACUUUCCCAUUCGUACUGUCUACACUCGGAUCUGAUCCAGCUGCCCUGUGGGAAUACUCGCCCCAACAGCAUUCUGGGGCUCUGCAUUGUCACUUCCACCUUUGGACUGGAUUCACUGCUUAUUGUGGUCUCAUAUGUGCUGAUCCUCCGCACAGUUCUGGGCAUUACCUCUGGGGAAGGUAGGCGGAAGGCUCUCAACACAUGUGUGUCUCAUAUUUGUGCUGUACUUGUGUAUUAUGUGCCCAUGAUCAGUGUGGCUCUGGUACAUCGCUUCAUGAAGCAUGCUGCUCCUGCUGUGCGCCUACUCUUAGCCAAUGUCUACCUUCUGGUGCCUCCAGUACUGAAUCCCAUCAUCUACAGUGUUAAAACCAAGCAGAUCCGCCAAGGAUUGAUACAACUAUUCAUUCAAAGAAAACAUUAA